CUCCUACGACUUUCCACUUGAAAUGAGGACUCUUGUCAAGUCUCUCCGGGAAGGGGGAACCAGGCAGGAUUCAUAACAAGAUAGAAGAUACGCAGAAAGACAAUAAUGUCACGGACUGACGUAGAUAUCAAAAGACAAGUUCAUAAUAUAUGAAUUUCUGUUGGGAGUUUCACACGUAGGCCUAGGUCUGUACGUAACGUCGUUAUGAACGGCCAUUUCAGAAAUGGAGUCAGGUGCUUUCACGGAUAUUGUGUACAAGGCUGCACGUUAUAAACCUGUUGAUCUCCCUAUUGCCUUACUGAAACGUACAGCUAACGCGUGCUGAGGCAUGAUAAUUAUUAUUAUUAUGCUUGAUCUGUGAGAUUCAAACUGCCUGAAUGAAAGAAGACAGCAAACGAGGAAUAGCCCUGCUGGUGAAAGAAACAAACUAAAUAACAAAACGAAAUGAAAGAUUAAAAACAACCCCAGUUUCGCGUUUGUUUUGUCUCCCCGUACGAUGCACCCGGAUCUACCCAAUUAAGAUUACAACGAUGUGGAUGUCCAGGCUGGUGCUGUUAUCAGGUCUGCUUGCUGCUGCUCAUCCCGCGCUAGGAGGCAGUGAGCGGCCGGCGUGUGAGCUGGCCCAUUGCAUGUGCACUGAUCGAAACCCAGCUCAAAUUCACCACGGGGGACAAGAUGGUCGAAGGAACGGAGAUCUGUAUGACGUCACGUGUUUUGUCUCGUCUGUAUCACCGUAUGAAGCCACGAUCUCUUCGUUACCCUCGGAUAUUUCUUCUCUGCACUUGGAUUGCAAUGUCUUAGAUAAAGAGUCCUCCCUCACUAGUGGUUUCUUUGAACGAUUCUCCUCUUUGCAAUACCUGACAAUAAGCGGGUGCAAAAUUGCAUCUUUAGAUCGGAGGUCCUUCAGUGGUCUUCAGAAGUUGUCAUCCUUAGUAAUCUCAAAGUGCAUAUUGCCAGAGGUAGAUACAACUAUUUUGCACGAACUGCAAGCCUUGGAACAACUGAGUAUAGUUUCGAGCGGACUUAGGGUUUUCCCAAAUAUCUCUCAUUUGACCAAUUUGCAGUAUGUAAAUGUCUCUCAUAACGAUCUCGAGUGGAUGGAAUUGGUCAGCGAAGGAGAAACGGUUGACUUAAAAGCUCACGAGUAUGGUUCGUAUCCGAUGUUUACCAAUAUGACUCUGUUGGACAUCAGCUACAAUAAGAUAAAAACGUUUCCCGUGGAUUUGAUCUCGUCAACCCCGAAUCUUGAAAAGUUCCUUUUGAAGAAUAAUUGUAUCCAAAACAUCAGCUUUCCUGGGUAUGUUAAAUUGUCGUCUCUGAAAGUUCUGGAUGCCCGGGAAAACAACUUGGAGAUCGUGCAGUUUGAAAGCAUCAGUUCCGCUUGUCACUUGCACCAACUAAGACUUGAAGGAAAUGGCGUCCCUUUGAACUACGAAGGUAUUUCUUCAUUAGGUGACCUCGAGGAGCUGAGGUUGAGGAACUUCGCUGUCAAUGACACGAUCUGGGACAGUCUAAACGCCACGACUUUAUACAAGCUGGAUUUGGUUGGUAACUCGUUGGAAACAGUGAAUGUGUCAAGAAUGCCGUCUUUGGCCAUUUUGCUCAUUGGUAACAACCUGGUGAGCUAUUUAGACCAAUCAACAUUUAUGCAACAGUCAAAUCUCAUUGCUCUGAAUGCAUCUCAUAAUGACAUUUCUUAUCUUCCUAAUGGGGUGUUUUCUCAAACACUAAAUCUUCUGGCUGUUGACCUAAGCCAUAACAAGUUGACCGAUUUAGGCCCUGACAGCCUGGAAGGUCUACAACAUCUUGUGCACAUCGAUCUCAGUCACAACGCCAUCCAGCGUUUACCUUACUCCGUAUUCAGAGAUUUACGCUCGCUUCAAGGACUGAAAAUUGAAGGAAAUCAACUGAAGUUCCUUCCCAGCUUUUCAAAUUUGGGUUCACUGUUGACUUUGAACGUAAGCGAGAACCAAUUGAUCGUUCUUAGGUUUUCGGACCUCCGUGGUUUGUCCAGUCUUCAGUGGCUGCAUGCUAAUGACAAUAACAUCACCUCCUUGCCUACUGGACUACUUUCCAACUCACCACACCUUCUUCAGGCUGAUUUCCACAACAACAAAAUCUCUUUUGUUGGUUCGUUUGAAGCUCACCCUAGUUUGGCAGUCCUUCGAUUAGAUGAUAACCUCAUCCCUGACUACGACGGAGAAUCGCCGUUUGUCAAUUUACCCGCUUUGGCGUACCUAUUUUUAGACGGCAACAAACUGACAACGUUGAGGCCUCGGAUGUUUCCCGUGUCUGUCCAGUACCUAAUCCUUGACAGAAAUGAUCUUAGCAGUGUCCUCAUGGACUCUUUAGAUACUCUGCCACAUCUGGUGCGCGUGAGUCUGAUGCAGAACAAUUACGUGCUUAGUCUCCCCGCUUGGUCCGUGAACAAAUUCAAUAAGCACAGCCCCAAACCAAUCUUCGAUCUGGGCUUCAGCGUCCUUCGCUGCGACUGCUUCAUGGCUUAUCUCAAAGCCUGGGCGGAAGACCGUUACACGACGUCUUUCCUCAGCCUGUUUUACCCAGAAUUCCACAAUCUUCACCUGGCUUAUUGCGUCACUCCUUUCAUGAAGAAAGGGGAGUAUCGGCCAUUUCCUGAAGUUUCCAUCAGUGAGUUUGCAUGCGAGUAUAAUGAGACGUGGUGUGAUAUAUUCUGCAAGUGUUGCUCCACACUAAAGAACUGCUCAUGUGCCUUCACUUGUCCCACCGGAUGUUGGUGUGCAUAUGCAGGGGCAGCUUAUAAGAAACGCUAUGUGCACAUUCGUUGUGAGGGAAGACAAUUUCGCCAGGUCCCGGAUAACAUUCCAUCUCGCACAACCCAUCUGCGUUUAGAUGGCAAUAAAUUAACACAUAUAAAAGCAAUAGACUUGUCCCAUUUAAGAGAUACUGAGGACAUUUUCUUGAAUGGCAGCUCCAUUGAAUCUAUAGAAAAUGGAACAUUUGAGAACAUUACUGAUCUUCUCACUUUGAGACUGAACGAUAAUCUGUUAGUUAGUGUUGACUCCAAUCUCUUUGGGAAUAUGUCACAGCUUCUAACACUCUACUUGCACAAUAAUAUGAUAGCUUACAUUGAAAUGUCAGCUUUCGACGGAAUGUCAUCGUUGCAGAUAUUAACCAUGCACAACAAUAAACUGACGAAAAUGGAUCAGCUGCCCUCACUGCCGGAGAUAACCGCCAUUACACUGUCCUCGAACCCUUGGUCAUGCGAUUGUUCUGCCGGAGACACUGUUUUUCAAUUUGUCUACUCUUUCAACGACGCCAUAUUAGAUCGUGCAGAAAUGUGCUGCGCAGAAACUUUCCCAGACCAAAUCGCUUCAAGCAGUUUGCCAACAGUGCCGGAAUUUCAAAAGGAUAACCAGACGACCACCCGCCAUGCUGGAUCCAAUUUUUCAGAACUCCACGUGUCGAGCAAUCAACUUUCUGACUGCCGUUUAGUUAUCAAUUACAAUUACAUUGACGCCUGUUCGCAACCCGGAUCUACAGGGCGAGCCGCUCGUGGGAGCUCCAGCUACGAAACACCUCCGAUUGUCGUUGCUUUGUCCACGGCGACGGUGAUUCUCUCCGUGAUCGCCGCUGUUGUCGUUGUCGCACUCUGGAAGCGUCACGAACUGCAGGCAUGGAUGUUCGUGAAGCUAGGGGUUCGCAUGUUCGACAAAAAGGCAGUUCUAGACAAAGAAGGUGCUGGGGCUCUCAGGCCCUUUGACGCCUUCAUCUCCUACAGCAGCAAUGAUGACGAGUUUGUGGACACGACACUUCUUCCUGCCCUAGAGAGAGGGGACAGACACUACCGGGUCUGCGUGCAUUAUCGAGACUUCCCGGUUGGAGCUCAAAUCACCGACACCAUCGGUUCAGCCAUCGGAAAGAGCAGCCGGACCAUCCUUCUCUUGUCACGGAACUUUUUGGAGAGCGAGUGGUGCCGAUUUGAAUUCCAGAUGGCUCACUUGCAUAUUCUACGAGAAGGUGCCGAGCGUUUGAUUAUUGUUUUGCUGGAAGACAUACCAGAAGAAAUGCUGGAUCCGGAUUUAAAGGUUCACAUGAAAGCCAAGAGCUUCCUGAGGUACAGCGACCCCUGGUUCUGGGAGAAGCUGUACUUUGCUCUGCCAGACGUCCCGGAGGGAGGCCGUGCAGACGACCACGAUGUCUUCCGGGGCAUGCGCAUCCUGGCAGGGGAACGCAAUGACCGGGCGAGGGCGAAGGACAGGCUAGGGAAGGUCGAGGGUCAACAUAACGACGGCGUGGCGUUUGAAAGGUCAACUAAAUCUUGUGGUGGGAUGAACGUGGGCUUGGAUGAAGGUCAAGCGCAGAUGGACUUGAAAGAAGGUCAAGCACAGAUAGACUUAAAAGAAGGCCAAACACAGAUGGAAUUGGAAAAAGAUCAAGCACAGAUGGCCUUGAAAGAAGGUCAAGCGCACAUGACCUUAGAUGAAGGUCAAGCACAGAUGGCGUUGAAUGAAAAUCAAGUAAAAUUGGCUGUGAAUGAAAAUCAUGUUAACAUGGCCUUCAGCCAUGAUGAUUUUCAUAAUUUUAAAGAGGAUGACGAUGAAGAAACAACCCCAGUAGUCCGGACAGAGAGCUUAUAUUGAAACAGAUUGUGAUAGUAGGGAUGGGAAGGAUGAAUCUCAGAGGCAUCAUGAAAAUAUUAUUAUGUCUCAUUUAAAGCAAAAAUGACGGGAAAACGGUAACCCAAACUGAGGAAACAACGUGUUGAAGAGAAUAACCCUCCCCCCCUCCCCAACGAACAAACAAUUCUUGGGGAAAUCCAAGAAAAUUAAUUCUGUACGGAACACAAAUUCGUUUGAAUGCCAACAUACAGGAUCUUUUUAAGGUCAUCGCGAUGUUUGAAGUCAUCGUUGGAACUUCGAUUUUUAUGAAAACCCAGCGGUUGUUUCUUUUCUGUCAACUUACGAUCAACCCUCAAAUACGACAGUUAUAUUUAUCAUCUUUCCCGUUUGUGACAGGGAAGAUUGGACUGUCUCGUAUAAAUAUAUACACACACAUUUAUUGACAUGAUGGUCCCUAUCAGGCAUACACAAGUAGACAGCAAAUCCUUCCCUGAUAAAUAAAUCCAUGAAUCAUAAUAUUUUGACAUAGAAUUUAUCAGUGUUAACUGAAAUAUUUGUCCUCGUUCAGGGCUCCCAUUUUCAGGCCAAGUUAAGAGGGAUGGGAGAUAACUAUCUUAAGGGGUAUUUAAACCCUUGUUUUAGAACUUGAAAAGUAAAAGUCAAUUAUGUCAUAAUUUUAUGACGUUAUCUGUAUCUUUUGUUCUAUAGUGUUACACUACGCUACCCCUGAAUUACAAAAUCCUAUCUGUUAGGUGCCUACUUUUGAGAAAUUUGAUGCUAAGAAUUUUGAGUCUCACAACAUGUUGAUCUUUUUUUAAACGCAAUUCUUUGAAUAUCUGGAUAACAAAUCCGAAUAAUGUUACGAUUUUGAAAGAACAGAUAGAACAUUUGGUUUCUAACCUGAUGGUCUUAGUAACUCAGUAUGGCCAAAAAUGUCAGAUGAAACUUUAUAACUUGAAGGUACCAACUAGGCAAAUUAUCCACAGCACUGUGUUCAUAAUGAUUUUUAUGGAAGCGUACUAAACUUAUUGCAAAU